AUGGCUCCUCCAAUGGCGUCUCCGGCCUUGUCCAGCAGAAACCUCGACUCGCCCACCUUUUUCCAUCCUACGCUGCGCAACGUCUCGCCCUCGCCCUCGCCCUCACCCUCACCUGUGGCGGGCGGCACCACCCGAGCCAGCGCCAUCUUGGACCGCCGGCCCAAAUCUUCGUCGGCAAAUCAUCCCUCCUUCAUCAACACCUUCAAAGCUUUUGACUACGAGCCGCGGGCCACUACGCCCUUGUCCGCAGUGCCCGCUUUAGGAGGUGCCAUGGCCACGACUGAAACGGCCGCUCUUACACCAUCGUCAUCUCCAUCUCCAUCUUCAACGUGGGGCGCCGGAUCAACCACCACCACCACCACCAUCCCCGUCGACGCCGCCGCCGCCACCAUCUCCGACGCCGCCCAAGCCGCCCAAGCAGAUACAACCGAAUCCAUCUCCCCGCGCAGCAACGCCUUUCCACCUGCCAUCCAUUGCAGCAGCGGCAUCCCCCACGGCGAGAAGCUUUCCAGCGCUCGCUUCACCCCCGAGCCUCUCAUGCUUCGCCAGCCGCACCUGCCCGCCGAGGACGUCUCGGUGCUCAGCCCCAAGCCCGAGGACGCCCUCUCUCUUGACGGCAUGCUCUCGUCGUCGUCCGCGACCGCCGCCAGCAUGCACGACACCCUGCCCAAUCCACCACUGUCCGAGGCCUCGCUCAAGCUUGCCGACGCGCUCAACAGCCUCGCCCGCCGCCGACGCUCCUCGGCCACGACGACGACGGCGCUCGCGGCCCUCAAGUCGCCCUGCUUUUACCACCAGCGCUUCGACGACGCCGUCGACAUUGACAAGGUGCUCGAGGAAAUCAAGAAUGGCGAAUCCAUGUCGCACUCGCACCUCGUCCAAACCGCCACCUCGGUUCGCGAGGUCUCCAAGCAAUUGCAGCGCCGGCCCAUCCGGCGCGCCGUACGCAACGUCAUGAUUGUUACCAAAGCCCGCGAUAACCAGCUAGUGCACCUCACGCGCGAGCUCGCUGGCUGGCUGCUGCGCACCCCACGCUACGGCUCCCAUGUUGGCGUCAACGUCUACGUCGACGUGAAACUCCGCAAUUCUCAUCGCUUCGACGCCCCUGGCCUCGUGGCCGAGAACCCGGCCUUUGACGACAUGUUGCGCUACUGGGAUGGGGGCCUGUGCUGGAGCCGUCCCGAGACGUUUGAUCUCGUCCUGACCCUCGGUGGCGACGGCACCGUACUCUUUACCUCGUGGCUCUUCCAGGGCAUCGUUCCGCCUGUGCUGUCCUUUUCCCUCGGCAGCCUUGGCUUCAUGACGACGUUUGAGUUUGAAAAGUACCGCCAGGACCUUGACAGAAUCAUGGGCGACGAAGGUAUGACCAUCAACCUCCGCAUGCGCUUCACCUGCUCUGUGUGGCGCGACGGGGCCGAGUCCGCCAGCGAGCAAUUUGAGGUGCUGAACGAGCUCGUCAUUGAUCGCGGCCCGUCGCCCUAUGUUUCCAACCUUGAGCUCUAUGGCGACGGCCAUCUACUCACCGUUGUGCAGGCCGACGGCUGCAUCUUCUCGACCCCCACGGGCUCGACAGCCUACUCGCUGUCCGCCGGCGGCUCGCUCGUGCACCCAGAUAUUCCCGCCAUCCUGCUGACGCCCAUCUGCCCACACACGCUGUCCUUUCGUCCCAUGGUGCUCUCCGACACCAUGGACCUGCAAGUCGAGGUGCCGCGGACCUCCCGCGCCACUGCCUAUUGUGCCUUUGAUGGCAAAGGCCGCGUCGAGCUGCGCCAGGGUGAUAGGGUCAAAAUUUCGGCCUCUCGGUACCCUUUCCCCACCGUCACGUCCAACUCGACGGAAUGGUUCAAGAGCGUUAGCAGCACGCUACGCUGGAACACGCGCGCCGCGGCGCAGAAGCCGUUUGAGGGCGCCGGCUACGAGGGUGGCGCCAUGGGACAGGAGGAGACGUGGGAUAUCGAUAUUGAUACGGACAGCGCAUACUAUGCGAGCGAAGAAGGCAGCGUCAGCACAAGUCCUAUUCGCAGACAAAUGAGCAUGCUCGGGCUGUAA